AUUCUUAUGAACAUCAUUAUAGUUCAGUUGCAAACUCUCUCUAUAUAAAUAGAGACACAGUGACAAAGAGGGAGAUAAGCAAAGAACUCACGAGAACUCUGGGAUUUUGCUUCUUUUCUAACUAGCCCACCUCAUGGAUUCCUCGUGAUUCCACUUUAACCUCUCUAAAAGUUUCAAACUUUUUUCUUCGUCUUUUGUGCAAAAGGCAACUUUACGAUGGCCCUCGACGGAAACGGCGGUGCUGUAUGGUUAAACAGCAGCGGAGAGGAGGAAGCUUCGUGGGGUGGGAAUCAAGAACACGUUGGAGCUUCUUCUCUUUCUCAUUUCAAGGCGCCUAUGCUUGAAAGUGAUUGGUUCAGUAACCAACAACAACAACAUCCACAAGAUCUCCACGUGUUACAGAACCAGCAAGAAGACUUCAGAUUCCUCGGCGAUUUCCUUUUCAAUCCCAACGACAAUCUUCUUCUUGAUUCCUCUUCCUCUCAACUUUUUACCCUCGACACAUCUCAGCCUUCCUUCUUACCUUCUAACAACAAGUCUUGUCUCCUCAGCGCUCCUUCCGACACAAACCCUUUCGACAAUGCCUUCGAGUUGGGUUCGUUGACACAAGGCUUCACUCCUUUGGAGUUACAAGGCUUCACCAGUCCUGCGAAAGUUCUGAAGCCUUUAGAGGUGUUAGCAUCAUCCUCUGGUGGACAGCCUACUCUGUUCCAGAAACGUGCAGCCAUGCGUCAGAGCUCUGAAACCAAGUUUGGAAACUCAGAGAGGAAGCUGAGCGAUGAGUCUGAUGAGCUGAACGAGAGUGUUCAGAACAGAGGAGGUAAAGGUAAGAGGAAAGGACUGCCUGCUAAGAAUCUAAUGGCUGAGAGGAGAAGAAGGAAGAAGCUUAACGACAGGCUUUAUAUGCUUAGAUCAAUUGUCCCCAAGAUCAGCAAAAUGGAUAGAGCAUCAAUACUUGGAGAUGCAAUCGAUUACCUCAAGGAACUUUUACAAAGGAUCAAUGAUCUUCACAACGAACUUGAGUCAACUCCAACUCCACCUGGAUCUUUGCCUCAAACUCCGCAGAGUCUUUCUUGCCAUGUCAAGGAAGAGCUCUGUCCUUCAUCGUUGCCAAGCUCUAAAGGCCAACAAGCAAGAGUUGAGGUUAGAGUAAGGGAAGGAAGAGCAGUGAACAUUCACAUGUUCUGUGGUCGUAGACCUGGUCUUUUGCUAGCUACCAUGAAGGCCUUGGAUAAUCUUGGAUUGGAUGUUCAGCAAGCUGUGAUCAGCUGUUUCAACGGGUUUGCCUUGGAUGUGUUCCGCGCUGAGCAAUGCCAAGAAGGACAUGAGAUAUUGCCUGAUCAAAUCAAAGCAGUGCUUUUAGAUACAGCGGGCUAUGCUGGUCUGAUCUGAUCAUGAGGUUCUUGAGCAUCUGAUGAAGUAGAGUGCUAGAAGAAACUAAGCCUUUAAACAUGCAAUUUUCUUUACUUUCUUUCAUCAAGUAUGCAAUUGUACAUGAGACAUGUUUAAAUUAACCUUUUUGAACUUGGGGGGGGUUGUUCGAUAUAUUACUCCAGCCUUUAUUA